CUCUUCCUAUUAUACUACCUGGUUGUGCAAAUCCAUCAGGCUGUACUGGUAUUGAACUUCCUUCCUGAGAUCACAAUGACCCUGUCAUUUCAUUGAUCACGUCAGGUCAUGUGAUCGCGUCGCUGCUCUUCCAUUAUACCACCUGAUUGUGCCAGUCCAAUUGGCUGCACUGUCAUGGACGACCCGGAAUGUCUUCCAAGCGAACCUCUCCCUAUAAAACGACUACAAGAGUCGCUCAUAAACCGCAUCGCAGCAGGCGAAAUCAUCCAUCGCCCCGCCUCUGCCCUCAAAGAGCUCUUGGAGAACUGCCUCGACGCUGGGUCGACGACGAUCCGCGUGACGGUCAAGGACGGGGGCAUGAAGCUGUUGCAGAUCCAGGACAACGGGUCGGGGAUCCGCAAAGCGGACCUGCCCAUCCUCGCGGAGCGAUUCACGACCUCAAAACUCACCACGUUCUCCGACCUGGCGCGGAUCCAGACGUACGGUUUCCGCGGAGAAGCGCUGGCUUCAAUAUCGCACGUUGCACGGCUUUCAGUCGUCACGAAGACUAAGACGGAGAGUUGUGCCUGGAAGGCGCACUACGCGGACGGUCGCUUGACGGAAGGUAAGCCUGGACAAUCGACAGAGCCAAAGCCGUGUGCAGGGAACGACGGGACGACGAUCAUUAUCGAAGACUUGUUCUACAACACACCGACGCGACUCGCAGCGUUGAGAAGCACCUCUGAAGAGUACUCGAGGCUGCUGGACGUGAUGACGAAGUAUGCGGUCCAUAAUCCAGCCGUUUCUUUCCUGUGCAAGAAGGCUGGGUCCCCAUCGCCUGAUCUGUCUACGCCGACGUCUUCCGAUGUUCGGCAGUCGAUCCGGCUCUUGUACGGACAUUCGAUAGCAAAGGACCUGUUGCAUAGCGUCAUUCAACCCACUGACGAAAAGGAGUCCUGGAAGGCCGAGUCCUUCUUCACCAAUGCGAACUAUCAGUCGAAGAAGACGAUCUUCCUUCUGUUCAUCAACAACCGGCUGGUGGAAUCCGCGAGGAUGAAAAGGUCCCUAGAAGCAGUGUAUAGCGGGAUCUUGCCCAAGGGCACAGCUCCAUUCAUCUAUCUCCGACUGGACAUCAACCCCCGGGAUGUGGAUGUGAAUGUGCAUCCGACGAAGAAGGAAGUCCAUUUUCUGAACGAGGACGCCAUCAUCGAGCAGAUUGCUAAUGGGCUGCAACGCGGCCUGGCUGAGAAGAGCCAAUCGAGGGUGUUUGAGUACCAGACACUCCUUACUGGCGGUAUUGCUGAGCCAGAAUCGAAGCAGAGGAAAGGGAAAGAGCGCUCUGCUCAGGAAGAGGAACAGGACAUUCCGACGCCGCCGAAGAAGACGUCGUCUCAAUAUAAAGUACGGACGUCGAUGCAAGACCGCACGCUCGAGUCGAUGUUUCCUGUCGCGAACCCGUCGCAAAUCGCAUCAGGAAGCAGGGACUCCGAUUCGCAAGCGCCUGCGACGCCGAAUACGACGAGGGCGAGGGAGAUCAAAGAGUCGGAGUGCACGUUGACGAGCGUAGCCUCGCUGCGCCAGGCGUUGACGAAAGGGAAACAUCGCCAGCUCACUGAGAUCCUGGAGAAACACACCUUCGUCGGCAUCGUGGCGCUGGACAAAUGCCUAUCUCUGAUCCAGCACGCGACCAAGCUGUAUCUCGUCAACCACGGCGCGCUGAGCGAGGAGCUGUUCUAUCAGCUGGGCCUGCGGCAGUUCGGGAACUUCAAUCGGCUGAAGUUGGAUCCACCGCCACCGCUGCGGACGCUCAUUGAGAUUGCGGUGGAGGUCGAGGAUACGUCUGCGAGUGAGUUGAGCAAGGUUGAGAUCGUUGGGAGAAUCGUGGAUACUAUCAUGGCUCGGCGUGAUAUGCUGUCCGAGUACUUCUCUUUUAACGUGUCGGCAUCGGGGCUCAUAGAAAGUCUUCCUCUCUUGCUGAGGGACUACUCCCCCAAUCUGGACAAGCUGCCCAGUUUUCUCAUGCGUCUUGGGCCGCAGGUCAAUUGGACGUCCGAAGCAGAGUGUUUCGAAACCUUCUUGCGCGAGCUGGCGUACUUCUAUGUGCCUGGCCCUCUGGUAGACUUCCCGGACGACGAUUCGCCCGACGGCAAGACCAGAGAAGAGCAGGAAAAAGUCGAGCGCUGGCAGAUCCAGCACGUCGUGUUUCCCAGUCUGCGCAGGUAUCUGAUUGCACCGAAGACGCUCUUGGACAGGGACGUCGUGCAGAUCGCAAGUCUACCAGAGCUGUACAAGGUUUUCGAACGCUGUUGAGUUGCCAGUAUUACAGAGAGUGCGUGUCGGGUGUAGCGUUAUAGGCGGGUCCGGCAUGAAUGCCUUUUUCAUCGUGACCGGCUACUCCUUCAGGCACCUGCUCCUCGCCUUCGUCGUCAGAUUUGAAAAACCGCCGCGCCUCGCACGAGCCAUGCUAGAGCACCCCCGCGGCGUGCACGGUACCGAAAUGGUCGUCCCGGUCCGCCUCGCUGGGCGCCGAAGGGGCUUGCACUCCCCUGUGUGGUUCAGUUUCCAGUUCCAUCCCGUCCAAUGGUGCUGCCGAGAGCUAUGUCCCCUGCCUGCAACCGCCGGUUCUCGUCGUACUCCUUUUGGCCGUCAACACGAGACUCGGGCUGUCUCUCGACAAGAUUUUGAGCAUCUAGACUCAUUCAGUGGGUUACCCCAUGUGGUCCCGGUGGCUCGUACCGAUUCUCGUGGCCAGCAUCUUGCUGAACGCGGUACUGAUACAGGGUAUCAGCCAUGCCCGCGGUGGGGUUUGCUUCGUUGCCACGCAGGAGGUUGAUCGCGAGCAUAAUGAACAGGCGCAGACAUUGAUCAUGGGGAAAGGGGCGGCGGGAGAGUCCAGGCGGGCGAAUCAGUUCGCGAGAUCGUGUUUCGCACAGAGCCCUGUUGGGGUGAAUCGUAUGCGGGCAGCGCGUCAGAGGAUGCCAACGUUUCUGCCCGUCGAUCUAGACCGGGAAUGGCUUUCGACGAUGGAUAACUUCGAGAUGAUUGCUGACUCAAUGAAGAGCCUCGUCCUCUGCUCCAGUUGAUCGCCACGAUGGAAAACUGCCCCCAGUCAGACGGCUUGCGGAACUUGUCGGAUGAGGAGGUCCUGCUGCCGUCCAAGGCUGAAAAUAUCGCAGCCUAUGAGUUGGAGAAGCUGCUCGCACCGACCCGCGAUCCAGCGGGCCUCGAAGACGCUGUCCGCAUACGCCGCGCCCUGCUCCCGCGCGCUUCGUUGACAAGGACGCUCGAGACGUCCGCGGUGCUGUUCCAGAACUAUGGCUGCGGCAAAGCCCAUGGCGCCUGCUGCGAGGACGUCGUCGGGUACGUCCCGCUACCGCUCGGGAUCGCCGGCCCGCUGACCAUCGACGGAAUCGCCUUCCACCUCCCGAUGGCCACGGCCGAGGUGACCCGCGUUGCGAACACAUUCCGCGACUGCAAUGCGCUGAAUGCCGGCGGCGGCGUCACGACCUUUCUCACGCAGGAUGCGAUGACGCGCGGCUGACGGGCACGAAGACUGCCAUGGCGGGUGGCUGGUCGGCAGUGCGAUGGCGGGUUCCAUCGGGGGGCUCAACCCCCACGCCGCGAACAUCCCGAUAGCGAUCUUCCUGGCUACCGGGCAAGCUCCAGCCCAGAACGUCGAGAGAUCGAACUGCAUCAGACUCGUGGAGCCCACGAACGAUGGCGGGGAGCUGCUGAUGACCGUGUCGAUGCCGUCUAUCGAGGUGGGGACCGUCGGUUGCGGCACGGUUCUGACCCCGCAGGCCUAUGUGCUCGAGGUGCUCGGCCUGCAUGGCGCCCUUUCGCGCGCAUCAUCACCUUUACCGUGAGGGCCGGCGAGCUCUCACCGAUGAUGAAUGCACUCACUGCCAGUCAGCCAUCUGAUCUGCGCUCAUACGGUACACAAUCAGUCAGCCGUCCCCUCUUCAUCUGUCUUCGUGAACUCCUUCGUCUGUUUGCAGUCCUGCCAGUAUCUACUCAUCCCCAUCAGUGGACCACUCAGAUCUCACGGCCAGUAGACUCAGCUGAUCCCUUCUGCAGCAGAUGCCCCGCAACACACAGCUCCCCCCGGCGUUCCGACAGGAACGAUCCGGCCGCCUGGAUCAAUCAGCUUCGCUCUGACGUGGGGCUGCAUCUUUCCGACGGUCUCGACGGUGGUGGUUUGAAACGAGACCGGGCUGUCAGUGCUUCGGUCAUCGGUAUCGUCGGCCCGCGGCGGGCCAUCCAACGUCCAAAUACUGGAAGUGGAUCAUGAUCUACGAAAUGAUUUGUAGAACAUGAUAUGUAGAAUUUGGUGGGUACAGGAUAGAUUGUGACAACGAUGAUACAAGAGUCCACUAACGGAAAGAGGGCGGCUACGAGGCGGAACGUGUUUGAGCAGCAGCUUUGCGACGGCGGAGCUGAAUAGAUUCCUGCUCUGGUGGUAUACGAUUGUGCGCCUCCUUGGCAAUCUGAGCAAGGGAUCAGUGCAAAAGAAAACACUAUUGACCCUAUACCGUCGCGCAACACGUGAUGAUGACACAUCCCUGAUGGGCGGCUUUCCCGCGCGAUUUGUACCCUAUACAGUGUCAUCGUCGCGAGGACUUGUGCGUUUUGAGCGCAACAGAGUGUGGAUAAGAGAUAGAUAAGAUCAAUUACAAGAUAAAUAAUUGUUACGAUUAA